CAAGCGAGCUCACUCUCUCCACUUUUCCGCCCCAGAAGCCAUGAAGUUCAACCCCGACGUCAGCUCAUCGCGCCGCAAGAGCCGCAAGGCCCACUUUGCCGCCCCGUCGUCGGUCCGCCGCAUCCUCAUGAGCGCCCCCCUCUCGAAGGAGCUCCGCACCAAGCACGGCAUCCGCUCGCUCCCCAUCCGCAAGGACGACGAGGUGACUGUUGUCCGUGGCUCGCACAAGCAGACCACCGGCAAGGUCUCUGCCGUCUACCGUCGCAAGUGGGUCAUCCACCUCGACUCGCUCAACCGCGAGAAGCCCAACGGUGGCACGGUCGCUGUCGGCCUUGACCCCUCCAAGGUUGUGAUCACCAAGAUCAAGACCGACGCCAACCGCCGUGCUCUCCUCGAGCGCAAGGCCAAGCACGCCGCCGCCGCCAAGGGCAAGCACACUCAGGCCUCCGUUGCCAGCCAGUAAACAACCCCCCCCCCCACACAAUAAUCACCAGGCGCGGGGUGCGCGGGGUUGCUGUGGAUCAAAGCAAAUCGCACGGCAGCGCUAAAGCGAACAAGGAGGCUUUUUUUUUAUUUUCUCGAUUUUUUUUCAAAGGUUUGCCUUCUUGGCCUUCACUGUCCCGGGGGUGUCCUGCCGAUGAUUGAAAAAUGACAGAAACAAACUCUCCCUGCUUGUCGCUUUUAGUGUCGUUCCUUGCUUUAUCUGCUGUGCUCCAAACUUCUUGUGUCGAAUGCUAACGUUCCUUUUCCCCAUG